UCAUGUUCCGUUCAAUGGUUACUACCAAAACAAUUGUCAAGUUAGUGUUAAUACUGUCCUUUGUGAUAACAUGUUAUAUAAUGUAUAAUACUCCCUCUAGAAUGGAAAGGAAAGCUAUUAUAUCUGAAUAUCUAAAACGAACAAGGAAUUCGAGCUCAUCUUUGAGAAAAACAAAGAAGAAACUGUUAUUAUUUGUUGGCAUACAUAGCGCUCCAUCACGUCUUGAUCGAAGAAAUGCCAUCCGUGAAACAUGGAUGAAAGAAAGUCGUCGGAAUCCUAAUGCUGUUUGCCGUUUCUUUACUGACGGACAAGACCCAAAGGGACAAGCGUUGCAAGGAGAGGAAAGAAUCAAACUUGAAAGCGAGAGUCAUGUUUACGGAGAUCUUCUCCUAGCUGAGGCACCAGGAGGGGUUAACUUUGCUGUAAAGUAUCUCUGGAUGUUACAAUGGGCGAACGAAAGAUACGACUUUCAAUAUUUUCUUCGUCUUGAUGACGAUUAUUUUAUUUGUUUUCAAAAAUUGAUGCUGGAAUUAGCAAUCUUUCGGCCGAAGGAUAAAUUUCAAUGGGGCUGGCUGCAUUGUUCGAUUAAAGGUAUAUAUGGAUGAAAAUUCAGCUACUUUUGCAUGGUAUAGUUUUAGUUAAAUUUGGAUCGCCAACAAUCAAUAUGAGGCCAGGUUUUGUGUUGAUAAUAAUGCCGAUUACAGACAAGCACGUUUUUUAUAUAUUGCGUUCAACCGCAAUCAAAUUAUCGUAAAAUUUUCUUUGUUAGUAUUACCCAUACAGACGAAUCGAAUGCAAAGACGAGCAAAAUUUGAAUUUUGUCAAUUUUUUCUAUGACAAGUGCAUGCACUAAUAUGCUAGCUUUUGAACUUGUGUGCUUGUCAAUGAACGUUCACACACAAAAUAUAUUAUGCAGAUAUAAUGAACUUUUUAUUGUUGCAAUGGUUAGAAUACUUGAGAGAAUAUUUUCAUUCGACGAAAGAUGCGGAAUUUUUCAUUCCACGGAGCGAUAUAGCUGAGCUCAGAAUUAGAUUGAAUGAAGUUUGUAAAAUCUCGCGCAAGCUUAUCGACUGAUCCCCGCACAAUGAGCUCUAUAUAUACAGCUAAUUCCAAAAAGGUUGUCCUUUGCAAACUCUAAACCUUGAACCUUAAACUCUAAGCGUGCAAAGCAUAAUGGGAGCAUCAUUUAAUCAGUUUAGAAAUCAUAUAUGGUGCCCAUGCAUUUCUUAGAGACAUGGUAAAUAUAUCCCAGCGGCCAAAAUGACGUUUAUUCAACGGCUGCAAUAUUCAACCACUAAGUUUGAAACUUGCCGGUCCCAUUAAGCUCUGGACGCUGAGAUUUUAAGGUUUGCAAAACGGACAACCUUUUUUGAAUUGGCUGUAUAUCUGGAGCAAGAACUUCAGUCAUUCGGCCUGACGGAAAAGUGAAGCCAAAAGAUGGCGGAAAUUGACGACCAUGCAUGCAGUAGCUAUGAAGGUCGUAAACAGUCUUAAUCCCAUUUUUCCAGAUAGUACUAGCAGAUUUUGUUCGAACGGACCGUAUCGCUAAUCAAGUUAUCAGUAUAUAAAACCAUAGUACUAUUCUUUAAACUCGAAGUCAAAAUACGAAAUUUCGGCACAGUCUUGCAGUCCGCGCAUUCAGACAAAAAUAAUAGAAAGUGACUGAAACUAACGUCCAAUACUCAAUAACUCCAUCGUUGGCUUCACUUUUUGACUCGAGUCUUCGCUCCAUAAUAUUAUAUAUAUGAAGCUCACUGCAUGUCUCCGCAGAGCUUCCCAGAUUUGGAUUGUAUUAGAUCCAUUCUGAUUGGUUAACUGUAAGGAACUUUUGACUUUGAUAUUCAAAACAGAAAUUAUGUUUUCUUAACAAUAUAUUGAUGUUUAUUGCAAGUUUUACCUUUCUCUAUGCUUCGAACAUGAUGUUUCGAUACAAAAAUGUUCCCAAUAGUUUGAAGAUUAAUAUGAUAUCCGACUGAGCAUAUGAAAUGCAACAAGCGGUUGAAAAUAACAGCGAUUGUAUAGGAGCGCGAUCUGGUUUGUUUGCGCCAAGGCCGGAUUUUGGUGGAAAUGCUGGGGCAGGUGGAAUAUAUUUAGGGGAGGUGCAGCGUCUAGCCCACGGUCCCAUGGAAUGUUAGGCCAUAGAAUAUAGCCCCCUGCAUAUUUGAAAGUCAACUACAUGACGUAUGCAUGUGCUGUACAUAUGCAUCAGUGUAUUAAUGAAUUAUGACUAUACGACUCAUCCAAUAUGUAUAGGUUAUUUUGAGGCAACGAGGGGAUAUGUGAUUUAUUCACCAAGGCGCGCAGCGCCGAGGUGAAUAAACACAUAUCCCCGAGGUGCCUCAAAAUAACGUACUUAUUUUUCACAUUGCGAGGUUGCGUUAAUGAGUCAGAAUAGAAAUAAUUCUUAAUGCCAUAUUGCCUUCGUUAUGUUGGUUUUUUCUCUCAUUUUUUGUGCUGCAAAGACAUUACAGGUGAAUAUUAGAGGGGAUUAUUAAACGGAAAUUGAUUAGAGGGGAAUAUUGCAUAUAUUCCCCGAUAAGAACAAAGGAAACCGAGCAAGGUGAAAAUUAAUAAUCUUCAUUGCAUUACUGCAAAGUUUAUUUCGAAAUAUUCCAUUGAAAGGGCACUUGAUGACGAGAUGAUAUUGAUGAAUAGUUAUCAGUUUUUCAAGUGUAGACUCUACACAUAAAAAUUUCACUUUGAUCUACCAUUUAACCUUUCCCAAGGGGAGGUGCAUGACUUUUCAAGGGAGGUGCAAAAAAUCUCAGGGGAGGUGGAAAACGAUCUCAGGGGAGGUGCCCACCUCCCCUCAAAAUCCGGCCAUGGUUUGCGCAGGGCGCUGUAUAAAACAUGGUUUACGUUACCGAUCCGACGAAAUUCAAAGCAGUAGCCACCAGUACGGUUGGUCUGGUACUCAUCGGAGCAUCGGGAAAAUUCCCGAGCCUUAAUUGCGUCGAUAUUAUAGCUAGAGCCUAUAGACUGAGCUAUAAUAAUAGAGGUUAUUAGGAUUUAGGAGUAAUAUUGUAAGGAGUAACAUUACGGUUAUUACAACCUUGCAUUGCUUAUAAAACAACCCAGGAAAUGCAAGAAAAAGGUUGCCAGAAACUAGAAAAUCAAAAUUUUCCCGGAGUAGCAGCAUGCAUGCCCCUAACCCCAAUAAAUGUUUCUCGCGCUUUCUGCAUCCACCACGCACAACCGGGCCACUUCCAGAAUCAGAUGUUAAACUUUAAUCAAUCAGAAUAAUUGAAUAAACAGCGCGGUAUACUGAACUACCUAUUGCCGAAGUUUGUCUAGACGUCGCAUCGUGCAUGAUUAACUUAUUAUUUUACUUAUUUUAGAUGCCACGUGGUUGGAUGAAGCUUUCUAUCUCGUAAGUAAAGAUAUAGUGAUGUCAUUUCUUAGCAGGCGUGAUACUUUAUUAUGCUUUGUUUGGGAGAGUCAGGCCAUUGGAUAUUGGAUAAAAGAUAUUCCAAAUAUAAAGACAUUUGCAGAUAACGAACGAAUUAUACAUCUUGGAACGGGAUUUAAUUCAAAGAAGAACGUGCUCAGACGAAAAGAGAUAUGCCACUCAGUCCUUGCCGUUCAUAAAAGUUAUCCUAACAAGAUGAGAGUGUUUUGGAGAAUUUAUCAGAAAGAGGACAAGACAACCUCAAGCCACGUACCUCCAAUUUCUUAUGAUUGUCAAUAUCCACUAGCGAUGGAUUAUAUGGUCUGGCGUGAGAAGAAACUGUGGUUUUCAGAACCGAAAUUAUGCAAAGACAAUCCAACAUGGAAUAGACAUGGAGAAUACAAAGGACGACAGGGAUCUUGAUCUGUGGCGCGCCAUGGGCUAUCAUUUUAAGCAUGUAUCCAUAAAAACUAGAAUAACAUGCAGAGACAAAGAGACUGUUUUAGGAAUUUAAACUUUUUUAUUCCAUUUAAGGAAUUUUAGAGAUUGCAAGGCCGACCCUACUACGAAUUUGAUUUAGGCUCUGCCCAGAAAUGCUGAAAAUACGGAAACUUCAAAUUUUCCCCGUGCUACCCAUGCAAAAAAAUCCGAAAUUGAAUCAUAUUCGCUGCAUGAUGAAUCCGAUUUCCCAUAUUACAGCAGUUUCACGUGACAUACAUGUACCAUCUCACCUUGUUUUUGACAUUUAGACGAAGUCACUAACGAACGGGCAUACUUUCUGGGUAUGGUGGGAUUGAUUCACCAAGACACGAAAUCUGCUCAAAAGACAAAAUCUAUAAUGGUAUGGUGCGCCGCACCCGUCAUAAUCUUAAACUUCCAGAAAUAAGUUCUGUACCUACUCUCAAAUAAGGCUAGAAAACUGUAUAAAUUCAUUUUAAACGUCAUUUAGUUCUGGCAAACGUCAAAUAUUCUUCUUAAACUGUCAAAUAUGCCUUUCAAGUUAUUUCUUAUUUCUCUAUUCCAAUUAUUUUAAGUUAGCUCAUUAGUAGUAAUAGACCCCCUCUGGGGACGGAAGUAAUUAGUAUGCAAACUUAGAUGCCGGAAGUAACUAGUAUGCAAACUAUGGCGUCACUCUGCUG